GGCAUGUUUGUCAUCCAGGUGAUGCCAUGAUUUGAGCUGGUAUGCAGUGAUACAGAUAAUUUACCAAACUGAAGUUGUUGCCAUUACUCCAUUGUGGGACAGCACAGGUCAAACAAAAGCCUUUUUCAUGAAUGUUACUUCAAUCCUUAAAUUCAUCUCUGGCCAUAACAAGAAUGCAUCUGUUUCCUGCAGUACAGCAUAACAAGCAUAUUUAAAUACUGAACAGAAAAAACAAAAAAAAAGAGGGGGUAUCAGGAGAUGCACUUUGCUUUGGAAAAGAAAAACAAUCCAGCAAGACUUGGGACUUCCUCUGCUAAAUGGCAUUAUCACAGCAGAUGACUUUGAGCUGAUCUUUAACCUCCCUUGGGACAGGCAUACAAGAGCAACUUGGCAUGACCUUUGCUCAAUUGUCUUUUAAGUACAAGAAGUGGGAAUUCUGCUGUGCAGUUCAAGCCAUCUAAGAAUCUUGAGAGAGCAAUAGCUGCAGCGAAAAGUGCAAGGGAAGCACAGUAACCAAGAUGGUAGGCAGCCAAAAACAUGGUACAGAAGAGGAAGCUCGGGAGACUCCCAGAUUUCAACAAAAGACUCUGACAACACCUGCUCCAUUUGCCGAUGAAACAAGCUGUCAGUGCCAAGCUCCCCAUGAGAAGCUAACCAUCGCACAAGCCCGCCUGGGAACACCAGUUGACAGACCUGUCAGAGUGUAUGCAGAUGGGAUAUUUGACCUCUUCCACUCUGGCCAUGCUAGAGCUCUUAUGCAAGCCAAAACUCUAUUUCCAAAUAGCUACUUAUUAGUAGGAGUUUGCAGUGAUGAUUUAACUCAUAAAUUCAAAGGCUUCACUGUGAUGAAUGAAACUGAGCGAUAUGAAGCCCUCAGACACUGUCGCUAUGUGGAUGAGGUCAUCAGAGAUGCACCCUGGACGCUGACACCCGAGUUCCUUGAAAAACAUAAGAUUGACUUUGUAGCCCAUGAUGACAUCCCGUACUCUUCCGCUGGCUCGGAUGAUGUAUACAAACACAUAAAGGAGGCAGGAAUGUUUGUACCAACACAGAGAACUGAAGGUAUCUCCACAUCUGAUAUCAUCACAAGGAUCGUGCGGGACUAUGAUGUGUAUGCCAGGCGCAAUCUCCAACGAGGAUACACCGCCAAAGAGCUGAAUGUUAGUUUUAUAAAUGAGAAGAAAUACCGCUUUCAAAACCAAGUGGACAAAAUGAAAGAAAAAGUCAAGAAUGUGGAGGAAAAAUCAAAAGAAUUUGUUUACAAGGUGGAGGAGAAGAGCCAUGACCUCAUUCAGAAAUGGGAAGAAAAGUCCAGGGAGUUUAUUGGCAACUUCUUAGAGCUGUUUGGACCCGAUGGAGCCUUGAAGCAGAUGUUCCAGGAACGAAGCGGCCGAAUGCUCCAGGCUUUUUCUCCCCGGCAGAGCCCCAACAGCAGUCCUACACGAGGCCGCUCUCCAUCCCGUUCUCCAUCUCCACCCUGGGUCUUCAAUAAAGCCUCUCCUCCGUCUUCUCCAAAAGCUGCCUCUGCCUCCCUCAGCAGCAUGAGCGAGGGAGAUGAGGAUGAAAAGUAAAACAAAGAUUUAUUUUUUUAACCAUGAGACAGAAGAACAAGCCACAAACUCAACUACUGGAUGGGGAGAAGCGCGAGGAACAUCAGGGGUAUCUCUGACAGCAGGAAAUGUGCUCUGGAAGAUGCCGUAAGCAGAUCAGAGCACAGCAAGGGAGAUCUCAGGAAGAGCUUAUCCCAUCCCCACUCCCCGCGGUGCCCGGUGGCCCGGCCAGCAGUGCUUGCCAGACACGGAACCAGGGUCUGACAGAAAACAGACACCUUUGUGCAGGCUCCUGUCCGUGUCUCACUGCUUACAGCUGCUGCAGCUGGGCCAGUGAGCUCUGCACUGAGCAGGACUGGCAGGGGAGCCCUGCUGGACCCAGUGCACAGGCAAGCAAUGGCUGAAGCGUGUGGAUGG